AUGUUAGAUCACUUAAGUUUUAGUAAAGAGGCCCUUCACAAUGCACAUCACAUUUCCCCAUCCACUCUAAAUCGGUUGAAAUUUGUGAACUCAAAAUUACCAAAAAAAAAUCAAGUCAAGGAAAAUCGAUUAUUAAAAUAA